UCACUAGCUAUUAGGGAAUCCCCCUAGAUGGGCAAGCAGCCACUCCUCCUCAAUCUUCAUCAUCGCAUUGAAGAGAUGUCUGAUGCUCUACCUUACUUCACUCGAGGGACUGUUGUCAAGGGGUUUGGUAGAGGGAGCAAGGAACUAGGAAUACCUACUGCUAAUUAUCCUGAGGAGGUGGUGGCCUCUCUUCCUGCCAGUCUCCAGUCUGGUGUGUAUUAUGGCUGGGCCUCAGUAGACAGUGGUCCUGUACACAAGAUGGUACUGAGUGUCGGCUGGAAUCCUCACUUCAACAACCAGAAGAGAAGCAUGGAGACACACAUUCUACAUCAGUUUUCUGAUGACUUCUAUGGCUCUGAGUUAGCAGUAUGUGUGAGUGGCUAUCUGAGACCAGAGAAGAGCUUUGCCUCUCUAGAUGAGCUGGUUCAAGCCAUACAUAACGACAUUACUGUUGCCAAGGAACGACUGGACGACCCUCAAGCCCAAAUAUCAGCCACCCAACUGGAAGACUUUAUUGCAUCUUAAUGUCCUAUUAAAAAUGGAUUAUGAAUUUUAUGCUUUUCACUCGAUGAAACAGUUUAUUCUAGCGA